AUGGAUGUCCACAUCGUGCGCUGCAACGGACGAUAUUACGUCCAGCGAGAAGUAUCCGAAUACGAGUCAUGGCAGUCUCUCGUCAAAUAUGACGGCCGCGCCGUUGUCGACUGCAUCCCAGAGGACCCAGCUCGGUACCAGGAAUGGUUGAACUGGAUGCGCGAAGAAUACUCCUCGCUGGAAAUCCGGAUGCGCGAAGAAUACUUCUCACCGGGAAGCUUUUUCGCCCUGAUGAACUUUACAUCAGCAAUUCGUCCCUCAGAGGGCCGGUCGCGGUCCUCAUUCAGAUGCCUCCAGAUGCCGUCCAUGAUGCCUUGCAUCCGGAGACACAGCGGUACCAUGGUAUAUAUCAUCGACUUGGAUCGCGAGAUUUUCUCCGUCGUCAUGGGCGCGCAUUUCAGGCUUGGAAAUAUCCCCCGCGACACCACACUCUGCGACGAGGACCAGCUCGCCUCUCCGGCGUUGCCGUUGCCGUCACCCAAGCCGGUCACCGAGAUCCCGUAUGCUUGUCGUGCUGUCAGGGCGAUCACCGACUUGGGCACAUUUCACAAGCAGUGGCGCAUCCGCCAGCUCACCGCCGUGAUCUACGAGUAUAGCGACGUCCUCGUUCAUUCCGGACGGGAGUGGCUGCCAGAAUCUCUGCCCUUCCGCGAGUUUGCGUUCGCCCUCCUAUGGAUUGCGGCUGGAAAAUCCGAGGCUCUCGAACUCGGCGAGGGGUACUGGAUUUAUGAUGACUGGGACUUGGGCCGAAUUGGAAACGAGAUGCACCAGAAUCCGCGGUUAGGCAAGGGGGCCGUCAGCCGCGACGAAUUGACUGGGGAGUGCUGGAUUGGGGGCGCGGGGCCGUUCCUCCAGUUUGGAUCACUCUUCCACGCGGCCGGCGAGGCGCUCGGGGUCUCUCCAGCCGAAACCAUCUACUGGAUCGAUGAGGUGCUUAUCAGCCUCGUGCACGUAGUGGAUGGAGCGGCCGUGGCCGAGGCUGUUACAUGGGGCCUUCAAGACGGGUGGCCAAACUUCCAGCUCGUUGUUAUGUCGCUCUUCGAGGUCGUGCUCGUCGAAGUGUCGACUCGGCCUGGGGAGGAACCGGUGGUGAAAGUGUCGGACCGUUUGAGACUCUCACCGCUGCGCCCAGAAGAGUCUUUGGGCACCCACCACAGCGAGUGUCCAGUGCCGAUGGAGGGCAUGAUGCUGCCGUUUUCGGGCUACCAAGAAGUGGUCUCGGGCCAGUCAUUUCAGUCCAGGUCCAAGAGCUACCCGGGUCUCGCGGCGUUGAUCAACUUCUUCGACGCCGCCACAAACCGGCGAACGGCAGUUAGGUCUACCGGCGUAUUCCCACCUGAGAUCUAUUACGCGAUCAUUGACCAGCUCGACUACAACACCUGGCGGACGAGCUCAGCGGUAUCGCCGACAUUCCGCUUCUAUUGCAGCGCCAGAUUCAGAGUUGACCCCAGCAUGUGCGUCAUGGCUCGUUCCGUUUCGGGGCUGCGCGACGGGGAGAAUUUGUCGUUCAUCGUGAAAAACAUGCGAACGGGGAAGACCAUGCGUGUGGAAGAGGUGCCGUUUGGCUGGGGAGGCCACAGUAUUGCGUGGUCCAGCUGGAUGCCAAUCAUCGGCGACGGGCCGUGGGCUAUCAUGACUGAGGUGUUGUUCGAGUAUGAAGCGGUAUGCCGGCUCGCGGACAUAGAAGAUGACCAUACUGAGACGGUUGGCGAAGAUGAGAGGGAUUGA